GUUAUGUUGAUUUCGUGAGAGCUAAAAAACCUUUAAAAUCGGCAUGUCCGCGAAAAACAGUAUCAAUUGAGAAAAGAAGGUUGUGGGAGCAUCGAUAUCAGAGGAAGAUGAUCAUCCCAGUUCGUUGCUUCACCUGUGGAAAGGUCAUUGGAAACAAAUGGGACACCUAUUUGGACCUUCUGCAGGCAGAUUACAGUGAAGGAGAUGCAUUGGAUGCAUUGGGACUAGUUCGUUAUUGUUGUAGGCGCAUGCUCAUGACCCAUGUUGAUCUCAUUGAGAAGCUACUCAAUUACAACGCGCUGGACAAGUCUGAUCCCAGUUAAGGAAUAACAGAUCACCGAGAUGGUUCAGUGAAUUCCAUGCCCUGUAGACAUGUACCCCCUUUUUUUUUUAAUUAAUUGUUUUUCUAUAAGCAGUGUCAUGUUUUUGUGUCGGUUCAGGUCAAGGAUGUUUUUUGUCUGUUCUUAAGAGGGGCUUUGGCAAGACACAGUUUAUGUUAAUUUCGUAUGCAUUGUUAUGACAGACCAAAUUUUUGAAGAAUGUCGUAAUUGAUGCCAAUGCAUGUCCUGAAUUUGUUUUUUAGGAGCAUUGUUGUCUGAUAUACAUUGCAUAUUGCAAUUUAA